UCCAACGAACCGAGCGUUGCCAUGGAAAUAAUUAUUGAUGUAACAAACGAAUUGUGUUGCUUGAGUUUAAACUCAUCUCUACUUAACAUACGACACAGCAUUACUGAAUCCUACUGUAACUUUUAAGUUGUGCAGAAUUAUUUCAUACAUCAGAUCUAUUCUUUAAAACUCCAUAUAAGAUGGCGGGAAAGGGAAAGAAGAAACAGUCGGUUGAUGGCAGUGAGAAAAAAUCGAACAAAGCCCCCAAGAAACCAAUGGCAAGGAAAGGAGAGAGCAAGUCAAAGGUGAAGUCGCGCUGCCAUGUGGACAUUUUCAACGAGCAUGCCAUGGAAAACGCCUACGUCACGUGUCACAAUGUACAGGAUCUCCUGCGUUGCCGCGGCUUUCCAUGGCCUGACGCUCAAAAGAAAAAGAAGAAGGGCAAGAAGAAGUAGACUGUGAGUUGAGUGCAAUUUUUGUUUAUUAGGAUCUCAACAAUAUACAUUAUUUUAUUGACAUUGAUGUAAUGAAAAUAUGAAAAAUGAAAGUAUAAACUUUUUGGGUGGUGUUGGGGCUUUAGAGUCUUCUUUACUAAUCAAACUUGAAAAUAUUUUAUUAUUAGGAUGUUUACCCACAUUUUGUUGUUAUAUUAUUAUGUUAUUAGACAAUAUAGUUUAUAACUAUUAAAAAUCCUUCAAUAUUAAGAAUAUUUAAAUUCAAAUAGUUUCUUUAUUUUUUGAGCAAGUACUCAUACAAAUAGGAGUUGCUAUCCUAAUCAGAUACAUAAUAAAUAUUAUUGAUUUACAGAAUAUCAUCAAGAAUAUUUUUUAAAUUUUCAUAUUAAGAAUCCUUUCCUGAAGAUUACUUUAGAUUGGUGUCUGACUGUUCCUCUGUAGUCUGAUGUUCAAGGAUGUAAUAAAGGAUUUAAUGUAAACUAUAAUUAUUGUGAUGUUGAAAAGAAUUUGUAUUGAACUGUUGAACAUUGAGAAUAAAAAGGUGUUGAUGAAAUGAGA